AUGUCGAUUACGUUGGUACACCGUUACCUUGUCCGAGACUUUUUCGCUGUUCCGUUUCUUACACCACAAGGAAUCGGUUACCACCACUUUUGUCGUAACUCCUUCUUACAUGUUCCUCAAAGAGUUGUUCCUCUCUUGGGUUUGAAGAAGCGUUCACAAAAGCCUUACUUCAAACCUUCUACUACCGGAAAGCCGCAACAAUCUAACCCCGAUCCUGUUCAUGAUGAGAAGCCUAAGCCUGUUCAAGCUGAAGCACCACCACCACCACCACCGACUAAAGAACCAGAAUAUUUUGAUGGUUCGGUCACCAUGGGUGCUGCUCCUUCGCCAAGACACGUACCGAUUCCGAUGUUUUAUGUUAGAGAGAAGAUCAAAGAGUCCUCCAAGCUAACCAAGACUUGA